UUUUUACAAUUUGACAGAAUUGUUUCUCGGUGAUAUCAACGGUCAUGGAUGGGCAUUGUUGCCGCACUUGCUUGAAAGUGCACCUAAUCUUGAAAUCCUUGCCUUCAUGGAGGGGUUUUCUGAGUAUACAGGGUGCUAUGCAAAAUUUCAGAACUCUCUGCAACAUUGUGUGCCUACUUGUGUAUCAUCACGUAUUCGCGACAUUUUCUUUGAGGAAUUCAAUGGGGAGGGAGAUGAAUUCGACCUGGUAGAAUAUUUUUUAAAGACUGGUCAAGUUAUGACAAAGAUGGAAUUCAGCUUUUCUUCUUCGUUGCCUUUAGAGAAGCAGUACAGCACUUGGACAAAAUUAUUAUUGAUGCAAAAGGGCACAAAGACCUGUCGGGUUGAGUUUAGAAAGGAAGUAACAGUUAAUGUCGUGACAUUUUGUCUCUUGGGUGACGAAAAUGAAAGCCAACCUAGAGAUUGAAA